AAAAAAUGUUCCAUCAUCAACAUCCCUUCACAAAGAAAGGAUCAAAUUCUAUCAAACCAAGUCUUGCUCUCACUCCGAAUGUAGAGAUUGGACAAGCUUUCAAAGAUCCGAAGGAAGCCAUCGCAGAAAGGCAAAAAAAAGUUCAAGCAAAAGAAUUAAAAAAGAGCAGACAAUUGGCUGAGCAAAUAACUAGUUCGACAAGUAAUAGUGACAAUCCGAUACAUAGCGUUCCUAACAAGCCAACCACUAUUUCUACCUUUUCACAAGAUAAAACUGAUCAUCAAAAGAAGGUCACAAAGAUUUUCUCACUCAAAUGUGAAGCCAAAAGAUUGGAAGCAACUGGCAAGGAAAAUAUUGAGGACUUUACCAAAUUGGAAAUAUCUCAAAGAAAGAUUUCUAAUCAACAGGUGAAAGAAUGUUCAAACCCCUAUCAAUUUGUAAAACUUGAAACAUUAUACAAGGAUUGUGUUCGUCAGUCAAAAUAUGAAACCUAUAACUUGUACACUAACUGGUGCACAAUUUUCACACUAAUGGAACAAUUACCCAAUCUCACUUGCAAUGCAAAGGGUAUUGAGUUUGAAGUUUGGAGAGUAUCCGAUACUUUGAAUGAAAUGUUUGUGGUAUUACUAUUGCCACUCUUGAGUAUAAAAGGUAUUGGAAAGAAGGAAAUGGAAAAGUUGGAAUCAAAUCAAGAACUUGUUCCAGGUGAUAUUGUCAUUAGUGCCAAUCCUACCAUUCUACAAAUUAACAAGAAGGAAACUGACACCGAGAAUAGUACUAAACAACAAUUCAGCUCGUUAUCCAUGAUUGGAGAAAAUAGAAAUAUUUCUCUCAAAGUUAUUGGUAAGGCUGUACAUUUUGGGACAUGCACCUAUGUACCAGUUGACUUUAACAAAUAUACCGGAAACAAUCUUAAACUUUUCAAUAUGCUCAAUGAGAAGAAGAAACAAAAACUGCAAGACGAAAAUCAAACUACCACAACAACUAGCUCACAAAACAAGGAUAAGCCACUAACAUUUUGUACUUGUCCUAUCAACAAGGCAGUAAGCAGAUAUUGUAACUACCACUUUAACAAGAAGAGUAGAGAAGUGCAAGAUAGUAGAGUGGAAUGCAAUGGGGCCAAUCUUGUUGAAAGGUCAUCCAUCUCAUUUGACAAGCCUACUGUAUACAAUUACACAGGUGUUACCCUUUUUAUAGAUCCUGGUGCUAAUGUUAAGAAGAUUAGAAAGACCAGCUCCGAUGAAAAACCAAAAGAAUUGGCCACAAAAAAGAAAAAGAAACAAGAGGCCCAAAAUUUCAGUGGUAUCACCCCAAAGAUGGCAAACUACCUUUCUGGAAACUCUAGAAGUGCUCAAAUGUUUGUGGCAGCUCGUUCAAAGCAAAUCAAGGAAGAUUUAUUGGCAAAUAAUAAGGUUAAAGACUUCACAGAUCGUCACAUUAAUGCUCUAGCUCAAAAGGCUGUUAUGAACACUAUCGAAAAUGCCACUAACAAAGAUGUAAAGAAGAGAAAAUUUGUAGAAAUUGAAAUGUCGGACAGUAGCUCUGAUGAUGAGGAAUGAAAGAUUGUAGAAUAGUUCAGUGGAAUUUUUUAAUCUUUUUCUUUACAUCCUCUUUGAAUUUAUCCAUGAAUACAUAUUUACAACUGGUUACAUUUAGAUAAGUGAGCCUCCUGCAACCCUUUACAAUGGUUUCCACUGCAGUAUUAGUUAUUAGAGAACAUGAAAGAUCCAAGUGCCUCAGAUUUUUCAGGGACACCAACAUGCAUGCACCCUUAUCUCUUAGAUUAGUAUUAGGGAAUUCCAAUAACCUCAGAGUUGUUAACUUGCAUAAUGUCUCACACCCAACUUCUGUUAUUUUAUCACACUGAUCCAAUUUUAAUUCUUGCAAUUGUUUAAUGGACAGUAGAUUUUGUAGAGAUGACGAUGUCAUUGAUCCACCACUUGCACUGAAAUGUUUGAGAUUUGUCAUGGUUCCUAUAAUCUUCAUAAAGUCAUUACCCAGAAAACAAAAAUCUAGGUUCAACUUG